UUGUACUAAAUAUUUUUCUUUAUAGAUUAAAACAUGCCAAUUUGUUCAUAUCAAGAUAUCCUGUUAAUAUAGCGCGUUAUAUGAUGUUAAAACAUCCCAAGGAGAAGGCCAACCCGAAAAGAUAUGAGAAUCUCGUAAACGGAAUUAGCAAGAUGGAAAUGGAUGGUAUAAACUCCAUUAAGUAUGACAUAUAUAGCAUAAAAGAAUUUCCAACAUUUACUUGGUAUUUAGCAGAACUCAAAAUCGUCGAUCAAACAAGUUAAUAUUUAUAUUUAUGUAUACAUACAGAUGUAUGUAUGUAUAAAAAAGUGAUUCCUGAAUUAUUUAGUUUUUAUAUACAUAAUUGAAAAUACUCUUAGUCUUAUUGCUCUAUAUUUAUUAUCAAACUCAUUUAUUACAAUUAUUACAACUACACUUAUUAAACAAAACCGUUUUUUAA